CGGCUUCUCAACAAGCACAUGGGUCAGUCUACAAUGACCUUCAUCACCACCACAAUCUCCUCCCCCCCUCGUGCAUAUUUCCUUCGACCUAUUUCCGAGCCUCCUUCAUUCCCACCAGCCCUUCAUAUUCCUCGUGUCGCCCUUUGCGCUCCUUAACCUUCUAUCAACAACCCUUGUCUCAACCUCCGAGAUCGGGUCUGCACAACUCGGCACCAACACCCUCUGAGAUCAUCUUGAACGCCCCGAAAUGAACUUCCUCUAGCCAUAUAGGCUUCAGUAGAAGCGCAACUUCAGUCAAACCCCCCAGAACCCUUAUUUGCGAACCUGACACCAUAUUUAUACCCGUAGUUCAAAGUCGCGUCAUUUUUGGGACCAGUCGAACGCAAUGGCUCUGUCCAGAGCUGCUCGUGUGAUUCUAGUGGGUGCACCUGGGGCUGGGAAAGGGACACAGACCGAGCGUUUGAUGAAGCGGUUUCCACAACUUUCUUCAAUCAGUUCUGGCGAUUUACUGCGGAAAAAUGUGAGGGAAAAGACACCGCUUGGAAUCGCUGCCGAGCAAAAGAUGAAAAGCGGUGCGCUCGUGCCAGAUACGAUGAUACUACGUUUGAUACUCAAUGAGUUUACGAACCACGGCUGGUUGACCUCAGAUGCAAUAAGACCAUAUGCAGUUUACUCCUCGUCUGUAGCCAUAGACGAAGCAGAGACCUCUGUAGACAAUGUGAUGAUACCUUCGCCAUUCCGUACCCAAACAUACAACUAUUCCGACUCACCGAAUGCCUCAUUCAUCCUCGACGGAUUUCCUCGGACAGCGGUGCAGGCGUCCCAAUUAGACGAGUUGAUCCCCAUGAAUUUCGUGGUCAACAUUGACACCCCGUCCGAAGUCAUUAUCGACCGUAUAAGCAAUCGAUGGGUGCAUUCACCUUCCGGGAGAGUCUAUAACACCACUUUCAACCCACCCAAGGUGGAAGGCAAGGAUGAUGUUACCGGUGAUGCCCUGACGCGGCGUGAUGAUGACGAUCCCGAAGUAUGGAAAGCUCGCCUAAAGAGCUUCAGAGAAACCAGCCUCCCUUUACUUGAGCAUUAUGACAAGCUUGGGGUUUUAUGGACUGUAAAAGGGAAUACGAGUGAUGAGAUAUCACCAAAGCUUGCCGGAGAAUUCGAGCGGAGAUUUGGUGUUCAUUGAGCAUUUAACUCAGUGGUCACUCAACGGGCCAUCAUUGAUUGACAGCUCGGCGCGAAAAUGGCCUACUGCUGCGCUACGCUGGGUGUCUUAUUGUAAAUAUUAUUUUAUUAGCCCCACGGAACUCUACCUUUCAAGUGGUUUAUGUAGUACAAUAUAUACAUGGGUC